AUGCCUCUGGCGCCUUCCGCGGUCUUUGAGCUCACCGCUGCCCCCCGCUCAGGUCCCUCUGAUGUGGAGACUCAGCCCAGAGUUUGCCCGAAAUGCUUGGGAAAAGUGUGGAGCGCUACGACGUGGAGAACCAGCAUCGCGAGCCAACGCGUGGCGUCCUGCGACGUGGUCAACGCGACAUCUUGUAGGGUGAGCAUCAGGGUGUUUACGAUCCGGGAGACAGCCUAUUGGAAGGAUGGCUGCCGUCGUCGAUCCAUGUCGAUCCACCUAUGGCAGCGCCCAGCUCCACCGCUCGAGCACGUACUCCUUAUAAGUAGAGCUGGGUCCCUGCGAGCAGAUACGGGUUCGUCUUUUCAUUCUCCCUCCUUUUUCCCCGAAGUGGUUUCGGCAAGCAGCACGUCCCCAGCAACCGGCCCUGCUCCCGUAAACAGCCCCUGCCAACCCGCCAUGUUCCACGACAAGCCCGCCUGGAUCCUCGUCAAGGGGACUGAGUACAAUCCCGGCCGGUCGCUCUCGCUGGGCCAGAUUCUGAUUAAGCCCAAUGAGCCGGACAGCCCGCUGCUGCCCGACGGCCCGUUGCCCAUUCCGCCAACCCAGAUCGAGUACUCUUUUGAGGUCGGCGUCGAGGACUUCACGGCCUCGGCCCUUGACGGCUCCUUUGGUAUCUGGGCCGACAUCGACCUGCUGCCCGUGAGGGGAGACGUUGGCGGUCAUCGCAAGGUCGAGCACACGUCCGCCUGGCAGUUUGACAAGAUCGAGUGCCAAAUCUUUACGCCGCACGCCGACUAUGUCACGCAGGCGAUCCAGUCUGAGGACGUGCAGAGCCAUAUCCGCGGCUUCAACCUCAACCUGCGCAAACGCCUGUACAUGGUCACGGGCGUGCGCAUUGCUCGCGGCGCGCAAAAGGCCGAAAGUGUCUCGCACGAGACCGGCGCGCACGUCAAGGUCGGCGUCGAUGCCGUCGAGUUUGGCGGGCCUCCCAUCACGGCUGGCAUUGAGCCCGGCCUCGAGAAGGAGGGCGCCGAGAGACACUCGUUCCAGGGCGCGUCCGACUUUGUGUAUGCGUACCGCCUGGCCGAGAUCUACUACGGCAAGAGAGCGGCCGUGUAUGGAGGCAGCGUGAGUCCGAAACCCGACCACGGCUGCGAUGUCCAUGAUGCUCAGGGCGCUCAUGAUGUUCAUGACACGCAUUCAACGAAUGGAAAGACUGGGGCAAGUGCAGCGAAUGGAAAGAAUGGAACGAGUGUAAAGAACGGAACGAAUGCAACGAUUGCAACAAAUGCGACGACUGCGACGACUGCCACCAAGACGAAUGGCACACACGACACGCAUCUCGCACAGAAGCCCCACGGCCAUGACAGCAAGAAGGCCGACAGCUUGUUUGGAUUCAUAUCCAUCGGCAAGGACUUCGACUUGGGUGACAAGCUGCAGAAGAUCUCGUCGGAAUUGGAAGUGUAUUAUCUGCCGAAAGACUAG